CAAUAAUCUUCCUUAUAAAAUUUCUCAAAUGUAUACAGAAAAAAAAAAUGAUUCAGAAUUAUGAAUCAAUGAUAUUAUUUACAACCUCACCGAUGACAUUCGAUGAUUCCCUCCAUGACCAUCAUCCCAUACAUCAAAAAUAUAAUGUCGCGUAAAGCUUUGAGAAAUCGUACGAAUAAAUCUCUACUUCCUGUUACCCAAAGUCCACUAGUUAUCACCAACCGUCCCCGAUCGUUUCCAUAUCAAGCGGAAGCAUCGAGCAAAUCCACGGGUGGGGUUUUUCAGGUGCGUAUAAAGUCAGGGAGAACCGGUGAAUUUUCGUCAGUGGAAUCAGUUCCAACACCUUGCGAAGACGCUUCUAAAUAUUCUUUCGAAUACGAUACAACUCGCUAUGAAUCGUAUAUCCUUUAUCUCUUUUUCCGUUUUAUUGGUUUCGGUAUCAGCCUGGCCAUUUCGUCGUCGAGACAUCUUCGACAAUGCUGUGGACAGUCCUCACGGUGUGAUCGCUCAUCUGCAACAUUUUGGCGAGAUGUUGUAUCGGAAUCCGGACAACGAAACUGGAGCCAUUGUAGCGAAUUGGCACGAGGGAUGGGACCGCAACCCGGAAGAGUUGGGUAACUAUGCGGAGGGUGAUAUCCUGUUUCCGCCUCAGCUCGGCAAGAACGGACUUAAAGCGGAAGCUGCACGGUGGCCUGGUGGCGUGGUGCCGUAUAUGAUUAGCCCUUAUUUCGACACCGCUCAGAGAAACUUGAUUUACGAAGCAAUGAACGAUUACCACAAGUACACGUGUGUUAAAUUCAAACCUUAUACCGGUGAGGAGAGCGAUUAUAUCAGGAUCACGGCUGGCAAUACUGGUUGUUGGAGCAGCGUGGGAAGAAUCGGUGGUAAACAAGACGUGAAUCUUCAGGUUCCAGGGUGUUUAUUGAAGAAAGGUACCGUGAUACACGAACUGAUGCACGCCAUUGGUUUCCUGCACGAGCAGAGCAGAUUUGAACGGGACGAGUAUGUCACGAUUCAAUGGAAUAAUAUUUUGCGCAAUCAUGCCGGAAAUUUUGAGAAAGCCUCAAAGGAAACUACCGACGCGUUCGGGAUUGGAUACGAUUAUGGCAGCGUAAUGCAUUACUCUGCGAACGCGUUUUCCAGGAACGGACAACCCACCAUAGUGCCAAAAGGUGAUACGAGAGUUCAACUGGGUCAGAGAGAAGGAUUCAGCAAAAGAGACAUACAGAAAAUUCGAAAAAUGUACAAAUGCAACAAACGAAGACGGAGUAGCUAUUGAUUGCGGGGAAUCGAACGUUCCUUUGCUGUAUUUUUAUUGGAGCGUAAUAAAAUGAAUCUAGUCUCUUACAAUUUAGUAUACAUCGCGCUAUUUUUACAACUACAUCGAAAGGGAAUGAAAACGAACUGGAUUUCGAAACGGAAAUGGUAAAUCGAUAAUGACGAGGAUGCGAGACUUGCAUCCGGAAAAGAAGCUUUCUUUGUUUAUAGAAGAGUUUAUGUAAAUUAAUAUUUAUGAUUAUUAAUGAUUAAGUAAAUGAGUUUAACAGUUUGUAAUAAUGUAAUUACACGUACGAUAAAUAAAUGUAUUUUUCCUGAAUUGGUUUUU